CACCUUCUAUUCUCUUUUUAGACAAAAACGCAGAAAUACCUUUUCACAUCCCUGUCCCUGUGGAUGAAACAUGUUGCAGAAGACAAGCUACAGGCUUUUACAGAAGUGUUUCUGAUACAACAGUUUGAAGUGAACCGCACAAAAAACCCAGAAAUUUGCCAGUGUGUUUUACAGGGACUCAUGCAGGCAAUGAAAAUUCCAAACCCUGCCCAGUACUGCUGGGGCUUUUUGUGCCAGGCUAUUGAGAAAAUAUUUGAGCUUCUACCAAAUGAAAUUCAGAGAAGUAAACUGGAGAUGUAUGUCAGUGUAGCAAAGUGUAUCUCAGAAAUGGCUGAUUCAGAGAUUGAUCGCAUUGUUCAGAUCUCUAAGAACAAUAUGGAGAAGGCCAUCUUCACCAAAGUGUAUUUGAUUUCUCAAGGCAGACUGCCUUUGAAGAACUUGAGUGUUGUGAUUGAUACUUUGAUAGGCUAUUACCAGAAAGAGUCUACAGUAUGGAUGUUCUUGCAUAGUUUCUAUCACUCCCGUAUUGUGAGCCAUGAAAACACUGGAGUGAUGAAAAGGAUGGACUGGCUGCUGGACUUGAUGGGCUACAUCGGAAAUUUAGCAUACAAGUCAACACCUGUACAAAAUGUUCAUCUUAAGGAGGUUAUAGAUUUUCUUCUGUGGCUGUUUGCAGGUUCUGUGGUGGCCUGGGCUGACCAUAGUGCACCAUUACUGCUUGGCCUCAGUGCCGACUGGUCACCAUGGAAGCACCAAACAGUAUUACCAGAAUUAUUUGAGGAUCAUGUUGGCAAGCACCCCGCUGACAAGCUUGCUAUGCAGGAGACACUCACUCUUCUUCCCAGUAGCAUUUCUCUUUUGCUAACUAAAGAGCCUUGGAAAGAACAAACACAAAGGUUUAUUGACUGGCUUAUCAGUAUGUUGGAAAGUCCUAAGGAAGCAUUAUCAAAAUCUUCUACAAACCUGCUGAAAGUUACGCUUCUGGCCUUGAGACCUCUUGCAGAGUUCAAGAAGAAAGCAGUGUGGACUAAAGCUUAUGGCUGGUAGCUGCAUGCAACAUCUUACCAUGUGUAGAAAACUGUUCGUAUUUGAAAGCAUAAAGUUACUUUUCAGGCAUCAAGAGGACUAAUUUCAAAGAUGUUUCCUAUCAGAAUUUUUUUUUGUUUGUUUUUUUUUUUAUUAUUAUUAUUAUUUUUUAAUCCUCUCUCCUCUCCCAAAGAUUCAUAUGAUGAAAAAAAAUAUUUUUCACCAGUGGGGUCAUUCUCCUACAGACUGUCUGGCAUGGUUUGAGCUGUGCUGAAUCUAAAUGAGGAAUAUGCUUUCAGCUGUUUCAUUUAAGUUGGUUUCAGUGACACCUGGGAGCCUCGGAGGCUAGAGUGGUAUGUUCCAAGCCUUGUGAAGCAAGUGGAAAAAAAUAAAAUAUUAUAAGAAUUGUUUGGA